AUGUCUUCAAACAACAACAAUGCUUUGCCUCCAGCGGGCAAUGCUGGCAAUGCUGGCGGUCGCGGCGGCGCUGGUGGCGGCACUGGCCGUGGUGGCGGUACUGGCCGUGGUGGCGGUACUGGCCGUGGAGGAAGGGGAGGCAUCGCCUCCUCGCGCCCUACCGAGACGACCUCUGCUCUUGCCCGACAGGACAACAAGGUUUCCAAGAAGGGAAUCGUGGCCCGUCAGGCCGUGUUGCCAAAACCGGCAUCACUAGCUUUCCUGUUCAAGGAGGCGGAAGGCAUGGCGGGCAUGACGGAUGAGGACAUGCCCGAGGGUAUGGCUGUUCUCGGCCGCCCACCAAUUCCCCCGCUGCCAGCGGGCAGCGAUUUCGGUCUGUGGAACGACGCGAUCCUGGGCGCAGGCUUCAAGGCGGAUUUGCCAUCAAUGAUGGCAACCAUCACGGAAAUAAGUCGGGGCGCUGCUCCCGAUACGCCGGCUAGCCUCUUCUAUUUUCAGGAUCAUCACCCCAACGGUCGCAAUCGCUACAUACGAGCUGAUUUCGCUGAGCGCCACACCAACCCUGUGGGUGCCGCGAUGAGCCGCAUGGCCAUCAUGCCGCCCGCGCGUAGGGCCAAGGAACACAACAUCACGUGUGGUAACUGUCAGCGGGUUGGCCAUGUGUUGGCAGACUGUGUGCGGGUUACGUACACGGCGUCUGGGAGGGUUCUGGGUGAUCUAUACGGUUGUCCGGUCUGCAACAAAGUGGGCCACAUGGCAGAAGACUGCCCGGACUUCAUGGCCCUCGAUUUUGAGGCCAGGUUCAACAUGCUGGUGGUGAGGAGGGGCGGCAAGCCGCAGAUACGGACCAAAGAGUGUCUGUAUAACAACGACCCGGUAUUCGACGCCAUGGAGGCCGGCGCCUACACCGGCCCCUUGCCGCUGAGCUACGAGCGGGCCCAAAAGUUGGGCAUCAGGGACAAGAAUCGUGCUCAUGGCUGCCAGUACGAUUACGAACUGGUGGAGCCCAGGGUAUACGGAGAGGAUCUCAAGACCUCCUCGUGGACGGUGGUCAAGGAAUGGCUCGCAGUGGGCUGGAAGUUCGUCUACUUGGAUUGGGCCCACUUUGACCUGAUGAGGAGCUUUGUGUCGCUGAACCAGCGACAGGCGGCCCUGGAUAGCCUGGACCGGACAAGGAUCCCUCGGCGCGGAGGACAACACCACGGCCAAUGGAGCGGGUGGCGAGAACCUCGAUGA